GCGCUCCCCAGCCCGGCGAGCCAGGAGGAUGCAGACAAAGGCUCCGUCUCCCUCGCUCGCCCUCCGGCGCUGAGAGCCCCGAGCGCAGCGGGACCGCCCCAGCCCCAGCCCCGGCCCCGGCUCACCCCCCAGCGCCUGGUGCCAGAGCCAGCCCCGGAGCCGCGAUGGCGGAGUACUGCAGCCUGCUGGAGGAGCUGGCGGAGAACAUCACCAACGAGGACCUGGACCAGCUGAAGUCGGCCUGCAAGGAGGACAUCCCUAGUGAGAAGCACGAGGCGAUCACCACGAGCAAAGACUGGUUCAGCUUCCUGGAGGAGCACAACAAGUUGGACAAAGACAACCUCUCGUACAUCGAGCACAUCUUUGAGAUCUCGCGGCGCCCGGACCUGCUGACGGUGGUGGUGGAGUACCGCACCCAGGUGCUGAAGAUCUCCGAGGAGGACGAGGUGGACACCAAGCUCACCCGUAUUCCCAGCGCCAAGAAGUACAAAGACAUCAUCCGGCAGCCCUCGGAAGAAGAGAUCAUCAAACUGGCCCCCCCACCCAAGAAAGCCUGAGUGGGGGGGGAGGAGGAAGAAGGGGUCAGCUGCCAGGCCCACCACUUUACCCCCACCCCCGCUCCACCACCGUCAUCCCCUGCUCCACCCCACCAGCCCUGCUCGCCCCUCCUCUCCCACCACUCCUCACCUCCUGCCACCCGAGGGUUAGGGGAGAGCUUUGGUCACUAACACAUCCUAAUGCCCCCCUCCCCCGCAUGUGUCUGGCCUUGGGGAUGGGAGGGCUGAUACCGAUGAGCCCCGGGGGAGGAGCUGGGCUGGGUGGGGGACAUUCCUAUGCAAGCGGAGAUCCAUGCCUCCCCCUCUCCCAGGCCGGGUCUGCACUCAUGCGUGCCCCUUUGUUAGGGGAGAUGGGGCUGGAUCCGAAGGGAACAUCCCCAGCAGAGAGCCCAGAGGCGGGAGGGAGCCGAGGAAGGAAAAGGGAGAGCAAGAGGGGGAAGGCAGGGAAAGUAGGAAUGGAGGGAGAGUGGGGGAGGGGCCAGUGGGGUCCCCAAGCGGGUAACUCACUGUGAAGCAAAGGGUAGGGCCCAUAGGUAAAGAGCUCUGGUGUGAUGAGAGCUGUGGGUUUGGGGGGUGGGGGGCUUCGGGGGAGCAGACUCACCCAGUUGGUGUGACUAGGGCCAGCUGUCCCACUGGCCCAGCCGCUCCUCCCCCUGCAUUUCCAGUGUCUCUCAGGAUCAGGCCCUUCAGCUGUUCCAGGACCCCAGCCCCAAAAGCACCUGGGGAGACUGCUGCAGCAUGGGGGCAGGGACUGGAGCGUUAUGCCAAGGAGCCCGGCACAGGCAGGCUUCCCCCCCCCGCUCCCAAACCAUGCAAAGGAGCAGCCAGGUCCCUCCCAGUGACAGGUGAGGAAGGGUCCCCACCGUGGGUGAGGGAUGGGCCUGGGGUCAGGGUACGGAAUCCAGACCUGGGUAAAGCCCAAGGGCUGGGUUGGGACAGGGAUAUUGGGUAGAGAUACCAGCCCCUGCUCUCUGUGUCAGCUCCCCAUCCUCUCUCCAGUCAGUCCUCCCUCAGAGCACACCCACAGACUCUCACGCGUGCACACCCUCCUGGGGCUUUGUGCGCACGUGCUGGCACAAAAGCACCCUUCAUGCACACAGCCACUCACAACGCCUUUGCACACAGGCACAUGUAUGCUUGUGCACAGGCACUCGUGUGCUCGCACACCCAAGCCCACGCCCUCUUGCAUUUGCGCCCUUGUGCACACAGUCCAUGUGCACACACUUGUGCCUUUGCGCGCACACAAACCUACCCAUAAUACACAUGCUUGUGAAUUUGCACACGCAGCCCCUCUCCUCCUCCAUUAUUUCUCCCCACUCCUCCUCAUGGAGCUGGGAGGUGAGCCCCGUGAAUGAGGCUGCGAAGGGAGCUGGAGCUGGCCAGUCCCAUGUUGGUACCAGCCAAGUGGCUGACAGAUCAGGGCCCCGGAAGGAGAGAGGAUGGGGGUCCCCGAAGAGUUGGGAAGUGGGGGAGGGCAGGGUAUGUCCCAGCUCAGCUGGUACCAGUUCAGUUUGUUUCUAGGGGUGUCAGCAAAAGGCAGCGGGAGCUGAGCACGUGGGCCCUCGGAGGAGGAUGUUCCAUUGAGGAUCUCCCCCAGCUCUUUGCUCAAGGUCGCCCCGUGUCAGUGCUUGUAUCUGUGUUUUGUUCACAGCAGCUACGCGUGCUGGGGGUGCGGGUGGGGUUGUGGGAGGGGGAGGGGGCCUUUGCCGAGACCCUGUUUAUCUGUUCUUGACUCUGUGCCAUUCCUCCAUAUCACGGGUGGAAACUGGCCACCCCCUCCCCUAUCACCCCCCCCGGCCUUCCUAUCCAGCCCGCUCUUCAUCACCCCCUGCUGCCCUUCCCCCGCUCCCCUUUGCUGGACAGAACGUUGGUGGCCUGAAGGUUCUGGAAUGUUCAGCCAAAGUUCUUUCCACUUUGGAAAAGGCCGGGGGCAGCAGCGGCUCGAGAUGUGGGGGGAUUCCAGAAGGCAGGGUCCAGGGAGUGGGGCCACUGGGGGGCGGGUCAGCCAGGGUGAGGGCCAGGCUCUGGGUUCUUUCUCCAUUUGGCAGCCCAAUGCUAAACAUGCCCCCAAACACCCCCUUCCCCAUUAGCCAGCUGACCCUGCCAAGUGCUGAGCUGCUCCAGAUAUCCUCUAGUGUGGCCCUUUGGGCCUACUCUGGCUGGGAUGCUGAGCUCUGAGCUGCCCUUAUCUCCUAAGGACAUGAAGGGGUUGGGGGUUCUCAGCCCUUCAGGGGACAAAGCCAUGGGCGUAGGGGGCCUGGCUUGUAGGGCUAGCCGGGGAGCCAGUGCAUCGUAACAGGGAGUCCAUGCCCAUACAGCUGUCAUGAUAUGGAGCCGGGGCAGUCACCAAGAUCUGGUGCCCUCUGGGGCAGCCGUCAUGAUGAUCCACCCUCUCCUGGGAGUGCUGAAAGCUCCCCUAGUGCCAGAGAGAAGGGGUGUGGCCAGGUGCCAUCCCUGGGGGGCUCCCACUUGGUAGGAGUGGAGCCAUCACUUGGGAACCUACAGCCCGAGGCAGGGAGUGGGGACCAGCUUCUGUUCCUGCCGGCUUCCAAGCUGGAGAUUGUUUCCCACCCCCAUGCUGGAGGGAGGCCGAGAUCCUUGCGCACUGGCAGCGGGUUGUGGCUAGAAGCCUGAGCUGCUGUAAGGCCCCCAUGGGUUUAAUUACAAAGGGUGAUUGAAACUGACUAGUUGAACCUGAAAGAGAGUUUGCAGUCAAGGUCCUUCAGUUUUCCUGCCUGAGUCUAGAAACUCAGUUUCAGCAAGAAACAUGGCCAAGGUCUGAGAAUGGGAGGCGGGGAAGGGUGAGAGCAGGGUCCCUGACAACGCACCACUUUCUGAAAUAGAAGAGACCUCGUUGUGCCAGCAAAUCCAGCUUGUGCCUCAGCCACAAGACACGUUUUGCGCCCACAUAGGAAUCUCUCCCACAGCCCAACUCGGUUUACGUUGCAAAUGGAGCUAAAAUUUGCCCCCCAAAAUGGUGACACUUCCCAGGGGAAACCUCCCCUCCCCGCCAAUCAGAGAAAUGGUGGGUCUUGCACAGCGCUCCCAAUCCGGCCUGCACUGGGGGCUGAGUGGUUGGGAGAGGAGCUGCUCGGAGAGGGAGAACAAAACCCUUUAUUUAAAGCACAAAAUAUCCAGAUGCUUUUCAAACCAGGGCAAGGAAAAGGCUGAGUGUCUAGUGCGGCGGGGGAGGGCGGUUGUGGAAUGGAUCCCAGAGCCAAAAGGUUCCUCUGUGUGGACUCCCUUCAAUGGUGGGUGCCGAAGUAGCCCAAAGCCAGUGUGUGGAGCCCCCGGAGGAUGUUUCUGUUCCCUGGAACUGAGCAACAUCCUCAUCUGGGCUAAAUCAGCAUUGCACUGUUGAAAUCACUGCUGGUUUACACCAGCUGCACUUAAUCGGUCGUAAGGGAGUGAUCUUAGCACAGAGCCUUCGGAUCCCAUUGCCAUCUGAACUGCCUGCACACCCUUGGCUCAGCACAUGCUAAUGGCACCCAGCACCUUAGCCACUUGGUGCCAUGCAGGGCCAGCCCUGCGGCUUAUAAAACCAGCGUGGUGAGUGCGCAGGGGAAGCUCAGAUUCGAGGGGCCAGGUGAGGGGUGGGCGAGAUUCGUGCUAACAGCUGGCUAUUAACUAACAGCCCCCGGGCAAGGAGGGAGCCAGACACGUGCAAAAUCAAUAGGGGCUUCUGGGUGACUGAGUGAAAAGAAUUUAUGUUAAUAUAUUUUAUUUAAUAAAAGCUAAAAUCUGCAGUGUGCAUCUUGCCUGUUAGCCAGAUCUGUGUCUGCCUCAGUGCUCCCCUUGCCCCGUGCUGGUGUGUAUGUCAUAUGCCUGCAUCGCUAUUCCUUACUGCUCAGCGGGAAGGCCUGGUCCCCACAGGGCCUCCCCCAGCCUCUUCUCUUUCUCACCUUCAUCUGCUUCCCCUGAGCCGGAGCAGCCGGCUUGGCUAAAGCAUCACCCUGGAGAGGCAAACCAGCUGGUAUUUAUUUUCUGUUUAAUAGCACUGGGCAGAGUGCUGGCCCAUCCAAGGCAAAGCUUUGCUGCUCCCCAGGAAGUGGGGCUGGCUGGUGGAGGCUUUGCCAUGGUGAUGCAGAGGCGGGGGGACACGGCUGUAUUGCAAACACCAUGUUGUGUUCCCCCUCAUUCCUGGUCUCUGGCUGCGGGAAAGCUGCACCCCAGGGGGGUCAGCACUGGCAGAAAGGCUCAGCUUAGCAGUGGACUCUUUGCAUGGCAAUGCAACAGACUGGGAGCCAAGAGGUGAGGGUUCAAAUCCCACCACGGAAGCUAAGCUCAAGCAAGUACUGUUCUGUGCCUCAGUUUACCCAUCUGUGACAUGGGGAUGAUUGGGCCACCAGAGGAGGGUGCAUGAAGGUUAAUAAAUAGUGUUAAUGAACCACCCUGUUGAGGCUCUCAAUUCGCAGCUGUGCUGUAAAGGGCCCUCAGUAUAAAGGAGAUCCCAGGCAGGAACACCUGCCGGCUGCUAACCAGUAUUAAUUGAAGGGCUGCAAACAGGUGACAAAAGGCUGGAGUGGCUGUUCCCAAACCUACCAGCUGAGGAGUGCCACAAGUUUGGGACUGUAAGUGUCCUGCUUUUCCUAGCAGUGUUUGGGAAGAAGCCUUGAAACAUUCAUAUCACACAAGACAUGGUCAGCUGCUGUUUCUAAUCCUCCCCUCGCCCAUCCAGGGGGCAGGUGCUGAACACCAGCCUUGCUUUUCCCCUUUAAGGCUCUCCUAAGGGAGCCUCACUCCUCUCGGGGUGGGGGGGCAGGGCUGAUUACUGGUUUAACCUUCACUAAUUCAUAUGCUUUAGCAAGGCUGCUGAAUACAGACAAACCCUGGCAUUCUCGUGGGCUCUUACUCCCAGAAGGUGUUGCCCAGUGUCACCCCAUGGGGGUGGGGAGCCUGGGGGGCCUGCACUGAGCAGUUAGGGCAGGGCCAGAUGUCCUGCCAUGGGACUCAGCUGCUGCCUGGCAUUUGAAUCCGCUCCGAUUGGGCAUAGGAGACUCAGAGGAGCCCAGCUGGGCUAAGGGGACGAGGGGCCACAGGAAAGGGGGUUGGGUUGCUAUCGAUUGCCUUUCUGCCAGCUCUCCCCCUCCGCCAGCGCCCGCUCAGCCUCUAACGCUCGGACCGCGCUAACUGUGUGUACAUAGAUAUUAUAAAUAUCUGUAUAGUAACUCUAAUGUUGAGUGGUUCCUUGUUGUGGUUUUGUGUUAACUUAUUUUGCCAUUUAAAAAAAACCAAACAAACCCAACCCAGGCCUAGUGAUGGGGGUGGAGGAAGGUUUGGAGGUUUUGUUGGGUUGUGUUUUUUUUUUGCUAAGAUAAACAGUAUUAUUACUAGACCCAGCUCUUCGCUUUAACGCAAAAUAACAACUCUUUUGUAAAAUGGUUUUUAACAUGUCUGUUGGCAUCUGUGGCUGGGGGACUUGGUGGGCCGGGUGAACGGGGCGGAGGAGGGGGAGGUGUUUCAAUGCCCCAGGAGCCUGAUGCUGGCCUAGUCUCACUAGGGCUUGCACGUUAUGCUGGCUUUGCCCAUCCCUCUCCCUGUCGCGACAAACCUGCCUUAAAGACACCUGCGCCUCUUAGAGUCCCCAAUCCUGACUGUUCAGCCCUGGAACCUGCCUUAACGCCAGCCACCUGACAACCAUUUCCAGGACCGCCCCCCCCCCCCACACACCCCACCACCACCCAGCCACGAAAACCCAGCCAACUACUUUUGGGCUUGGCUUAAGCCAGCUGCUUGCGGAGGCACUGGCUGGCCCUGCUUUCCCCCAGGAGGGAGACGGGCAGGCCCAGCGUUUCUAAGGGACUAGCUAUUUUUGUGGAAGCUGCUCUGGCCAGAAUCCUGUCCAGAGGCUUUAGUGUGACAGGCUCGCAGGGAGCACCAGAUGUGUCCCUGGCACGAGGUUGGGGCCAGAUUCCGCCAUGUUCAGUGGCACUUUACUCCACAGCCUGGUCCCAUCCAUUGCAAUGGGAACACAGCUGGUGGGGGUAGAUCUUGCCCUGGAGUGAUCUGACCCCCAAGGAGCUGCUUCCCUCCCCCCCAAACCUUACAGCUAGGUCAACUCAAUGGGCCCAUGCAGACACGGAGGUCGCCUGGCCCUGGGAGCAGCAGGGGGCAACGCGGGCAUCCUAAAAUGUGAAUAGUGCCACAUCUGUGAGGCUGUGGCUUUGAUUUCUCUUCCUUAUUUGCACUGAUUGUUUUUACAUGCCCCCAACUUCCAGCAUAGCUCUUCGCCUCCCAACUGCAACCACAGCUCAAAAAUACAGCCAGGAACUAGAGCCAAUGGUUCAAAAGCUGAAUGAAACAGAGUCCGCUUUGCGUUGUCCAGCCAACUCUGAUGUACAAACAACAGUCCUUGUGCUAAUGAUCAAAUAAAAAUUUAUUGUCUUGACCGUGA